AUGGGGUGCAAGAGAGUAUUUCAGCUGGAAGUCUUUGGUGAUGUCUGCAGAAAAAUAGGAUACUGUCUCCAGGAAACCAAAGAUAUAAGCCUGCUGGGGGUGCGCAAGGGUGCAGGUGUCAGCCGAAAAGACGCGAUAAAAGGACUCUCUCUGCUGAUACACUUCAAGAUUGUCGGAUUUACGAACUACACGGGGCGAGGAGUGCGGUACUUCCUGCGGGCAGAGACUCCUCCUAUGCUGCACUUUCCCGUGUACGUGGACUAUGCGGAGAGAGUCUUUGGCGUGCAGGGCGCGCAGAUCCUCACGGAAGUCCUCAUGCGGGGCUCGCUGAAGAUGCGGCAGAUCCCGGAGGAGAUGCAGGAGUGCGCCAGAAGAAUGAUUAGGGAGGGCGUGCUCGUGGAGGAGGCGGAGUCUUCCGUGAAAAAGCUGAAGGAGGAAGACCCCUCCGUGAAAUUCUGCGAUAGAAAUGUGUCGACGAAAAUACUCUGCGAGAUACUCUGCAGGGAUGUAGAAAAAGCCUUCGACGAAAAGACGCGGAGGGUCCUGUGCGAGAUCCGGAAGUUCCACCCCGCAGCUGCACACUUGGCCAGGCUCCAGGAGGCGUGCAAAAACACGGACCUGUGCAACGCCCUGCACACGCGCAUAAAGUACCUCAUAGGGUACGAAGUCGUGACGGGGGGAUACGAGAUGUACCACGUGAACUUGGAGUCCUACCUGGAGAAAGCAAAAAAAGAAGCUGCAGUCGAAUACUGCGCGAUGUUCCUGGGGGGCGCUGCUGCGACAGUUCUCUCAAUGCUCCUGGCGCGCGGAUACGUGGAGGACAGAUUCGUGCAGAAGCACCUCCUUAUGCAGCCUGCAGAGUGCAAAAAAGUGCUUUUCCUGCUUCUCUCCGAGGGCCUUAUAAAUGUGCAGAUGGUUCCCAGGACGGCGGAGUGCGCCCCCUCGAAGAGCUUCCACAUGUGGUCUGCGUGCAAGAGAAAAACCUCGCAGGCCGUCGAGAGGAAAGUCCGCGAGAAAAUCAACGAGAGCUACGCAGGACUUGCAGCCCUCAAGGAGAACCGGGCGUAUAUAGCGGCGGGCGAGGGCAGGAGCAGAACAGAUGCUUUGUACAGCGCACUUGAGAGGCUGCACAUGAUGGGUUUUAUAUUGGGUCUGUGA